UUCACAGUUAGACCUACAAAACAUCACAGAUCAGCCAUUCUCAAAUCUACAAUUUCCAUGGCCACCCCACAUGAGAGCCAUCAUCCGAAUGUCUCAAUUAGGAGGACAAUCAUUGUACGACCAAAAUCAAUGCAACCUCCAAAGCUCCUCAAUCUCUCUAACCUGGACAGACAGUGUCCAGCUCUCAUGUUCUCCGUCUUCUUUUAUAAACCACCUCUCAAUGAUAACUUUUCCAAGAAUGAAAUUUCACUUGGUCGUGUGUUUGAUAGCUUAAGACUUGCCCUAGAAGAGACUUUAACGGUGUGGCAUCCAGCUGCUGGUAGGCUCAGCUUGAACCAAGAAGAUGGGAAGCUCAAUCUUUGGUGCAACAAUGAAGGUGUGGUUUUAGCUGAAGCUGUUGCUCAAGUAAAGGUUUCAGAGCUUGGAGAUCUUUCGGAGUACAAUGAGUUCUUUGAGAAGUUGGUCUACAAGCCUGACUUUGAUGGGGACUUGUCCAAGAUGCCUCUAGUCGUUGCUCAGGUGACUCAAUUUGAAUGCGGAGGAUAUUCGAUAGGGAUCGGUACAAGCCACUCAUUAUUCGACGGACCUGCCGCGUACAACUUUCUCCAUGCCUGGUCUUCAAAUUCUACAAUUACGAAAGAAAAGGGAUGUCGUCAUGAGAUUCCUAUGCCGGUGCAUGACCGAGGAAGGCUAUUGCUUCUGAAUCCUCAGAAACAAGUGGCGAUCGCUAACCCGGUCAAAAGUGCUGCUGCUAUAGAGCAUUUAUAUCAAUUGAUAAUGCAAUCGACCGUCAAUCCAAACAUCUUGUCUGAUGUGAAGAGUUCAAGUUUGGUUCUCAAGACUUUUGAUUUGUGCGGGGAGUUCAUCGAAAGCUUAAAGAGGGAGUUGUGCAAGGGGAUGAAUGGCAACUUCUCAUGUUCAUCCUUUGAGGUGGUUUCAUCUCACCUGUGGAAGGCAAGGACCAAGGCUUUAGGACUAAACAAAGGGACGCUGGUGUGCCUCCAAUUUGCAGUGGACACAAGGAACAGGGUGUCGCCGCCACUCCCGAAGGGUUUCAGUGGCAAUGCGUACGUGCUCACCUCGGUGGCGUUAACAGCCGGAGAACUGAUGGAUUUGAGCCAAGCAGACGUGAUCGAGAAGAUAAGAGAGGCCAAAAGAUCUGUCAACGAUGAAUAUGUGAUGGCGUACAUGAAAGCACUUGAAGGGCCACCAGGUUCCUUGCCUCCAUUGAAGGAGCUGACCCUUGUGUCCGACUGGACGAGAAUGCCAUUCCACAAGGUUGGUUUCCUAAGUGAAGAAGCAGCCUAUGUGUCCCCUUUGGUCCCUCCCAUCCCACAAGUUGCUUACUUGAUGCAAAAACCUACCGGUGAUCACCUGGGAAUCCAUGUGAGGAUCGGUUUGCCAUCGGAGAUCUCAAGCGCUUUCGCCAAAUACUUCCUCUCGGUAAACCCAUGGAAGAAGUUGGCACCGACAGAUCAAGGAAUCGAUCGACUUUCGUGA